GACGGACACAACCCAAGCGAAUACCGCAGUCGGAAAGCGGUCGUGAUCGUUGAACCUACAGGACAUAUUUAUGGAGCGCACUGUACAGCAAUACAAAAUGAAGUAGAUCAAUGUAGAGGAGUAUGUUUGCCUUUUAUUAAAAUCAUUAGCACUAGACUGCAUUUCAAUCUAUCUACGACCCCACGAGCUGUGCUGCCUUUUGUCGCUGGGAAAACCGAAGGAGGAAAGGAUUUAUCAACAAGUUCCCACCAUAAGCUCGGGUCAGCUGUGAUCUCCAUGGUCGUGCAGGCAGCUGAUGGACGAACAGGCCCUCCGUCAGCCCAUGCUCAUGGUCUCCAGGCUGCCCAAGUUUGGCUCCCGGCCCCCAGGGGGCGCCCACCAGCCCGUGCACAACGGCUCCGCCAUCCCCUCCGUACCCGUGGGGGGCAAAGCGCUGGCGCCGCCGCGGCAGAAUGGCAUCGUGCGCCCGCCCCCCACCCUCUCCUACAAGUGGAAGGAGAAGGUGGAGCCUGAGGAGAGCAGAGGCGGAGCCUAUCGUCCCCAGCAACAGCCGAGGGCACCAAUCACGGUGCGGGAGAUCAAGAGGCCGACGGCUCCCAUGGCGAUGCCAGCGCGCCAGCGCCCCGCCUCGUCCGUGCCCGGCCCCUUCUACAGAGCGGCGCAUCAGCCCGCCCCUCCCUCGCGCCGCGUGCCCAGUUACGGCCUGUCCAACGGCUUGACCGCGGGCACCGCGCACGACGGCCUGUCCCAGUCCAGCGACAGCCUCCGCCUGCUGCCGCCCGACAACAUGGUACGCUCGCAGAGCUUCAGUCACAUGACGCGGGCGGCAGCCUCAGCGGGCGCCCCCAUCCCCCGCUCCUACUCCUUCAACCAGGAGCUGCCCCGACCCAGCGCCCGCCUGGCAUCGUCUGCCCGCUCCUCCCUCGCCAUGCCCAGCACCACCCCCAUACUCAACGGAGCCAGCAGGGGGGGCAAGGCCCCGGGCAUUGCUCGUGCCUACCCAGUGGGCCACCUACUGCUGGCCCCAGCCAAUCAGAAGAAGCCUCUGCUCCCUGCACCGGCCCCUAGCAAGCCCUCGGCGCUCAGCUAUAGGCUGAUGAGGCCGUCACUCAUCCGACAGCCCCGCCCCACACCCAUCGGACGGGCACAGGAGGAGCCGGUGAAGGAGCAGAAGGAGGGAUCACAGGGGGUAUCUGCGGAGGAGGGCCUUGUUGCCCCACACCCCAACUGCCCCAGGAAGAGCUCGGCGAGCCCCACUGCUCCCCCCACAGAGCUCUCAGCCCUGCCAGCCCAGCCCAAAGCAGAAGAGGCCAGAGCAGACGAGCUCAGAGAUGAAGAUGUCCGAGCAGAGGAGGCCAGAAUAGAGGAUGCCAGAGAUGCGGAUCAAACGGAGCUUGAGUCCCUAGAUGAGUUCAGACUAGAUGAGAUGAGAGUAAUGGAUUGCAGAGAAGACGAGUCCAGGCCAGAUAGCCCCACAGUACUGCAUCCUGAACUAGACCAGCCUGAAGCAGACGAACCCAGAGCAGCAGAUCUCAGUAUAAUCAAGACCAGAGCAAUCGACCCCAGAGCGGAUGAACUAUCACCUGACGAGUCCAACGCCGAUGACGCCAGUGCUCGGGCAGACGGGGGCGAUGUCCAGGAGUCCUCCCCAGACGAGAGCGCUGAUGCGGGGGCCGAGAGGGCGGGGGGUCUCCCUGAGCUCUGCGUUACCUCGGCGACGGGGGAGACCCUGGAGGACAUGUCCCUGUCCUCCACCUCCUCCCUGGAGCGCACCAACGACGACACCAGCGAGGAGUACAUCGACGACUUCGAUAACCUAGGCAACGGAGGCGGGGUGCUGCUGCUUCCUCCCGCCCACGACGACGGGCUCGUCCAAUCGGAUCCGCUGUCGGAGGACAACACGCCGGCCAGCCGGCAGCAGGACGUGUGCUCCGUGACCAGCCUCCACAGCUUCCUGUCCGAGUCCGUGGACUGGGGAGAGAUGGGACUCACCGGUGGUAAGGAGGCGUUCUCGGUGCCAGGUGUGGGGGUGUCGUCGGACGGCGUGUUCCGUGACGGCUCGUCUCUGGACCUGUCCCCCUCGGACAGCUCGGGAGCCACCUACAUGUGGGACGACGAGGACGGCCUGGAGCCUCUAGGGGGCGCUAUGAUCCCCUGCCACAGCUACGACUCCGACCUCAACAGCAUGCAGAGAGGGCGUUCUGGAGACGCUGGGCAGUCUAGAUGUUCUGGAGGGGCUGGACGUUCUGGAGGAGCUGGACGUUCUGGAGGUGGACCACGUGUCUCUGGACGAGCUCACGCUGCAGCACAUGGCCCAGGACUGCACCUCCGUCAAGAACCAGCUGCUGCAGCUCAAACAGCUGCUACAGGUGGAGGAGGCUGACUGCAUUGAUGAGGGCGUGGCCUCAUCUGACGCUUUCACUCCAGACUUAUCUGAGGAGGUCAGCUGUGACCAGCAGGUGCAGGAGCUGCUGAUCGAGGUGCAGAAGCUGAGAGAUGAGUUGAGGAACAAAGACAAGAUGAUAGCCCAACUUACCCAACAAAUGCAGAGUGUACCUGAGGAGGUGGAGGCCAGCAGGUGUUCUUGUCCCCUGAAGUCCGAGAUCCAGAUGGGCACCAGACCCCUGCACCAAGAUGGCACCACUCAAACACCAUGGAGAGGACACGCGGGCCUGCUGCCCGCCUCUCUCCUGCCCCCCUGGCUCUGCCCAAAGCAGGCCUACCCGCGGGCACGCCUGCCCGUCCUCCACCGACAGACCUCAGACUCUACCGCCUUCCAGAGCCGCUUGUGGCCCCCAUUCCCCUCAGAGUGCACUAGUGGCCCCCCCACACACACAGACCCCCAGCGCUCCCCAGGGGGGGGUCACCACCGCCACCACCGCCAUCACCAUCGCACGUCCAGCCAAGUCCCAGUCCUGCCCUCCGUCCAGCCUCAGCGCCCCCCCAUCCAGCGCGCCCGAGACCGCCGCACCCCAACACCACCCGCACCCCCACCACCACCGGCCCAGCGGGAGGAGAGGGAGGGGUCGAGCGGCCGGCCCCCCCAGACCGGAGCGCGCUCACAGAGGAGACGGACGCAGCAGCGGCCCCCACCCCAGCGCAUCUCCCCAGCGCCCGGCUCGCCCCCCCCACCGCAGAGAGUGGGGCUCAGCAGCGUCUCCCCCGGCAACAGCCCCCCCCCCGCCAGAGGACUGCCCAGCUUCAGCUCCGCCCCCCAGGCCUGUCUGCCCGCCCACGUGGCGCCCGCGCCCACCCCUGGCAUGGGCAGCGCCCGCUCGGCCCUGGUGCCACCCAGAGGGUACAGACAGGUGCCCGUCUCCCCGCCCAGCCCCGCUAGGGACCUGGAGAACGGAGACCCCGCGCGUACAUCUGACCCUUGGGACUGUGACCAGGAGACCCCGCGGGAGUGCUGCAGCGUGACUGCCUCUGUGCACAACACCAGGCCUCCUGCAGGGACGAAUGGGGACACACGGACCAACGUUAAUCCAUUUUUGGCAAACCUCUGUUAA